GUCGUCCGCAGACCCUCGGUGCUUCCGUUCUCCGCUCCGUCCCCGGAACCCUAAGCCGGAGCAUCUUCCUGGUCGCCGUUGUCUUAUAGGCUUCCUAUUUCACGGUCCUCCGCAACCCUCGGUCCUUCUGUUCUCCGUCCCGCCCCCGGAACCCUAAGCCGGAGCAUCUUCCUGGCCACCGUUGUCUUAUAGGCUUCCUAUUUCAGCUUCCAUACCUGACUAUACAGGCCGAAACGCCGCCUCUCCUUCGUCGUCGAGCUUGUAUAUCCGCUUAAGUGUUCAGAUUCCUUCUCCUGACGUCGUUGAAUCUCGAUCUGGUUUGAGAAGGAAAAGGGUGCAGUGCGCUGACCAGCGAGAUGGCGGGCAUUGGCUAUAUGCCCCAUCAAGGGAAGUUCUUACCACUUCCAGGGGUAUCCAGAGGAGCCAUUGUGUUAUCAUAUUCAUGUAAUACAGGCCAGAAGUUGUUCUGUGGUAUCAAAAAUGUCAAUCCACAUAAAACAAAGGUGUCUCUCAUGUGCAAUGCGGGUCCUAAUAACUUCAAGAGGAAUCCUGAUUUUUCUAGACGACAGCGAGGGUCUUCCCAGGGUGGCAAGAGCAAACAAUACCACGAGCCUGAGCAGCCAGAUAACAUGGAAGAGAUGGAUUAUGUUUCUUCUAAAAAUGGUUCACUACUUUCUCUGUCUGGCAACAUCAGGCACCAGGCUACUCCUCUUCCAGGACAAAGAGAGAAGGAAAUUGUCGAGCUGUUUAGAAAGGUUCAAGCACAACUGCGGGAGCGGGCUUCAAUCAAGGAAGGGAAGAAGAUUGAAGCUGCACAGCACGGACAAAACGAGCGAGGAACUGUCGAUUCGCUUCUGAAAUUGUUGAGAAAGCAUUCAGUGAAUCAGAAGAAGAAGAGUACUCCAGAAGUAGACUUUGUCGCCGACCAACUAGAAAAAAAUAGCACAACACUGGAUGACGAGCAGAAUUUGAAUCCUUUUGUCGCCGAUGAUAUCGACUCAGAUUCAUCUGAGGAAUCAACUCCUCUUGUUCCCACUAGACCUGCUUCAUAUUUUAGGCGAAAAUCUCCUGUUCCUAGAGUUAAGUUCCAACCUGUGUUCUCAGCAGAAGAGGAGGAUAAAUCUCCUUCCUCGAAAUCCCGAGGGAGAAGCAAGAAGAUUGGUAAUAGUGGAUCUGAGCUUCAGAAGAAGGCAGAGCUCCCCACGCAUGAUGAUCAAGAUGAAGAAGAAUUAGAAGCCUCAGAUAACCAGGUUGAAACAUCUGACUCUAACAGUACUGCCGAAAAAAUCAAGGAAUCAUCUGCUACAGAAGCCUCUGCUGAUCUGGGUUCACUAAAAGUUGCAGAAUUGAGGGACCUCGCUAAAGUUCGAGGUGUCAAAGGCUAUUCGAAGCUCAAAAAAGGAGAGCUAAUUGAACUACUGGGCGCUUGAUGGGCCUAAUGAACAGGGCAACAGCGAUGUGUUGCUAUUUCACCCUUUUUGUGUUUGUUUCCCGAAUACGUAUGCAUGUGGAUUAUUCUCUUUUUGUGCUUACUAGGAGUUGGCAUUUCCCCCCCUUA